CGGAAGUUUAAUUUUAUUGUCUAAAAUUAAUUUUUUUCUUAUUUUUCGCUUGUUUGUGUUGAAUGAAAAAUUAAAAGAUUCUAAGAAAUUUGACAGUUCACCAAGCCUCAUGUAACCUAGAAACUUGUUAACUUUAUAUUUUAACUAUGAAUUAUCAUGUAGGGCCAGGAAUCCAGCCUUCAUUCAUUCCUCAAGAAAAAUCAGGCUACUAUGGCGCUAGUGCUGCGUUUCCUCCAGGAUAUGCUGUUGGUUUACCACAGCGUGGCGCUCACCAGGCGGGAGCUGGCAUGAAUGGAAUCAGUCAGCAUCCAACAGCAGCUUUCAGACCCCCAGCCUCAUCCUACGGCUUACCAGUGCCUUAUUCAUCAGUGACGUCAUAUCCUGCAUUAUCGUCUGCUGCCUAUGGUGCUGGGAUGCCAUCGACAAUGAGUUCUAAUCCUGCAGGCUAUCCUACUAUUGGUCAACCUGGUGUAUUACCAAGUCGAGGUUCAGUCGGAAUUUCACAAGCGUCUGCUGUACCUUAUCAGGUUACGCAAUCAACAAAUUACUCCCAGCCAACUUACCUGUCAAAUCCUGAACCACAGUUGUACAGUCAGCAGAUGGGCAUGUCCAUGCCUUCAUCAAUGAGUGUCCCCAGCACAAUGGGCAUGCCCAUGCCAACUCCUAUGAAUGCACCAAGUUCUAUGGGCAUGUCAAUGCCAAGUGCCCCUUCUGCUAUGAGUAUGCCCAGUUCAAUGGGCAUGCCCAUGGCAAACCCAAUGAGUGUGCCUAGCCCUAGCUCUAUGGGCAUGGCCAAUGCCCAAACACAAAUGUAUGCAACCGCCACACGUUAUCCCAGCAACUACCCUAAUGUACCGGUUCAACCGACCCAUCCAUCAUAUUCAUCUAUCGGUUACUCAGGGUUACCUGCUACAAGGGGAGUUAACCCUUCAUUUCCUAGUGCUAUGGGAUACCCUGGCUACCCCUAUAAAUAAGAAGGUUCAGAUGAAGUUUUCAUGUGAAGUAGGAAUUGUUAUAAAUUCCAGGAGACAGUUUCUCCACUGAAUCAACAUAAAAUCAUUAGAAAUACAGUAAUCUGAUUGGUUAAUAAAACCUAAAUUUAAAAUCUAUUUUAAUUAUUGACCAAUCAGAAUACAGUACUGAAACACUGAAUUAUAUUACAUUUUUGAAAAUUAGCUGAUUGCUUUGAAUGAGGGUAGAUUCCUUAUUUUACUAAUGCUGUUGAAAACAAUACUAGAAACUAUAACUGGCAAUUUCAGCUUUGAGUAGAAAAUAUAAAAUUCUACUUUAAAAUUGUGCAAUCUUUUUAAGAUC